UGAUAUGAAAUGUGUUAAACUUGUAUCACUGGUUAAAAAAGUUCAAGAAAAAAUGGAUAGCUCCAGGAAAAAAGAUGUAACAAUCCCUAUCUGCCUAAAGUACUUCAUAUUUAAAUACUAGGAGGAAUUACUUUUAUAAAGUCUGAGUGGUGAAUCAAACGAAUCAACGUCGUCGUGGUUGAAUUCCAAAGAGUCGACUCAGUGAAGUGAUUCGUAACGCCCAGUGCUUGUAAAGAAAUCCGUUGAUUUCGGAAGAUGAUUCAUUUCCUGCAUUAGUUGGGCGUCUCCCUGCUCUAAACCCCAGCCUGGAAAAGACCAUCGAGUGCUCAAGAAGAUUUUUAUCGAGAUAAGGGUUACAAAACACCCGAACAUCUGGAAUGGCUUCACCGUGGGAUGAUCUGAGUCUGCUUCUGGACUCUCCGGACUCGCUGUCCGUCACCAAUCGAGGAACCAUUAAGGAUAAAGCGGGUUUUAAUCCAGGUGAAGAUGCUGCUGCUUUAAGGAAGGCCAUUGAGGGAAUCGGCACCACUGAGAAGACUCUGAUCGACAUUCUGACUCAGAGAAGCAGCGCUCAGCGUCAGCAGAUCUGUAAAGCGUACAAGGAUGCAACUGGAAAGGCUCUUGUGGACGCUCUGGAGGGAGACACUCAUGGACACUUUGAGGACAUCCUAGUGGCGCUCGUUACCCCACCGGCUCAUUUCGACAUGCAGGAAAUUAAAAAGGCAAUGAAAGGAGCUGGAACCAAAGAGAGCACGCUGAUCGAGAUCCUCGCGUCCCGAUCCAACCAUCAGAUCAAGGCUCUGUCUGACGCAUACCUACAAGAGACGGGGAGAGCGCUGACUUACGAUCUGAAGUCGGAGGUGGGGGGAGAUUUUGGGGAAACUCUGCUCACGCUGGCUGAGGGCAAAAGGGACGAGAGUAAAAAUGUGGACGCUGCUAAAGCCAAAGCUGAUGCGAAGGCCCUGUACGAGGCCGGAGAGAAGAAAUGGGGGACGGACGAGAGCAAGUUCAUCGAGAUCCUCUGUCGCAGGAGCGUUCCUCAGCUCCGACAAACUCUGCUGGAAUAUAAGAACCUGAGCAAGAAAACCCUGCAGCAGAGCAUCGAGAGCGAGAUGUCUGGAGAUUUAGAGAAAGUGUUAGUAGCUAUAGUGAAAUGUGUGCAGAGCGUCCCGGGUUACAUGGCAGAGCUUCUCCAUAAGAGUAUGAAGGGUGUGGGCACUAACGAGGCCAGGCUGACUCGGAUCAUGGUGAGCCGCUCCGAGAUCGAUCUGAUGGACAUCAAGGCCGAGUAUAAAAAACUGUUCGGACGUUCCUUAUACUCCGAUAUCGAGUCUGACACAUCAGGAGAUUAUGGGAAAACGCUGCUGGGGAUCUGCGGAGCGGACGAUAAGGCCUGAGCUCAAAGUCCACCUCAUCAGCCUGAAAAACACGGAGGAGUUGAGAUGAAGUGAUAAAACCAGAACACGCCGCUGCUUCCUCAAUGUUCACUACAUUCCUUUAGAUUUUUACUCACAAACUUUUGAUGUUAAUAAUUACAGAUAUUAGAUACUGGAUGAAGUAUGACGUGUGGAUGUAACCGAUGGAUUUAAUCAUUUAUAUUUCUCUACACUCUCUGGUGUGUGUUUGAGCCUUGAGCUGUAUUACACUGGGAAGAUUUUGAGAAAUAAAACUUACUAAAACUAA